AUGUUUAAAAUACGUAGGAUGAAGGAUGUGGAGCCCACUGCUAUUGGGCAAGUGAACAUCAAAAAGAGGUCCAAGGUGCCAGGAGUGAUGAUCACUCAGUUUGUAGAGGAAGUCCCCGCUGGCAUGAGCACCCCAGAUUUCACCCGAAAACCCAUCGCGCUGACAAUUCAAGAAGGAAAGCUGGCCAUUUUCAAAGCAAUUGUUAUCGGCAAACCAGCGCCGACGGUGUCGUGGACGAGAAAUGAUGGGGAAAUCGAUCCAGAGAAUUACAAAAUGGUCUAUGACGCUCAUUCCGGUGAGCACACUAUACAGAUACCGGACGUAGCAGUUGAGCACACCGACAUCUACAAGUGUUUUGCCAGAAACGAGUAUGGACAAGCUGUCGUUACUGCUGUUCUAAAUGUCAUUGAGGUUGGCUAUAAAAAGAGCAGAGCCUUGCAGCAAUCGAGAACAGCUAUCCGCGAAAUCCCUGAAAACUUCAAGAAGGUCUUAAAAAGCACGUAAGUGAAGCACCAAUCCGGCGCGGGACCUAAGCCUGAUGUUAAACGAGUUAUCGAUGACAAGUUUUGGGACCUUUUAUUGAGCGCUGAUAAAAAAGAUUAUGAGAAUAUCUGCAGUGAGUAUGGAGUGACCGAUUUUCGCUGGAUGCUGAAAAAACUAAACGAAAAGAAGCUAGAGAGGGAAGAGGAGCAAGAAAAGGUUGUGGAGAGGCUUUGCAAUCUAAGGCACAUUGAAUUGAACGGUACUGGAGCAGAGUUUGAACUUGAAAUGUCCCUCAAAGACCCUACAAGCAAAAUCUUCUUGUAUAAGGAUGGCGUGAUGGUUCCUUUUGAUGAUGAUGUAGAGGUUAAACAUGCCUUAAAGCAAGUGGGGAAGAAGUUUGUGUUCAGCAUCAAUGGUAUUAAUCCAGAGGAUGCUGGAUUAUACCAAGUGGAGAUUGAUGGAGUCAAGAUCUUCUCGACUGAAUUAAAAAUUCCCAAUGUAGACUUCUUGGUCAAGAUCCAAGAUGUGAAAGCUGCUGAACGAGAAGAUGCCGUGUUUGAGUGUGUCGUUUCGCAACCCAUGAAAAAACUCAACUGGAUGGCAAAGAACAUCACGCUACAGCAAGGAGAUAAAUACGAUAUCAUCGUGUCGGAGGAUAUGCUCAUUCACUCUCUGGUUGUGAAAGACUGCCUGCCAUUAGACAAAGGGAUCUAUUCAGCAGUGGCUGGUCUCACAUCUUGCAGUGCUUGGCUCAUAGUGGAAGCGGACAAUGACCCAAACUUGGUUGGAAAGAAGAAAGCUCGCAAAACCACACGAGCAGGAGGCGGCGGAGCGGAUCUGCUAAAGAUCGCUGAGGACCAACAGGCCAAAUUACAGAAGGAGAAAGACGAAUUGCUCGCCAGGGCCAAGGCGGAAGCUGAAGCUAAAGCUAAGUUAGAAAUGGAAGCUAACAUUGAAGCAGAGGCUGAAUCCAAAACAAGAGAAGAGGUCAAAGCUAAAACAGAAGAUAAAACCAAAGCAAGAGGAGAGACUAUAGUUCAAUAUAAUACAAAUGUUACAACUAAACCAGAAAAAGAAACUAACCUUGAAGAUAAUGCCAUGAAUGAAAUUAAAGAAAAAGGCGAGACGAAGGUUAAAGCAAAAGGAGAGACUAGAGUUAAAACUAAGGGAGAGGAUACGACUACAGAAAAAGCAAAGACAGAAGUUACAACUAAGGCAGAGGAUACAACUACAGCAAAAGGAAAGACAGAAGUUACAGCUAAGGCAGAUGAUGCCACAAAAGCAAAAGGAGAGACUGAAGUUCCAGCUAAAGCAGAGGAUAAAACUAAAGCUGAGGGGGACUCUAUAACUAAGGUUAAAGCAGUGGAUGAAGUUAAAGCAAAACCAGAAUCCAAGUCCAAACCAAAGGAGAAAGUAAAGGCGAAAAAAGUGACAGUUGAGAAGAAAGCUCAAAUUAAAGAUGAUGCCAAAACAAAAGCCAUUGAAGAACCAGCAAUGUCAGAAAAGAAGCAACAGGUAGAAGAAAAAGAAGAGAAAAUUGAAAUAGAAAAUGAGGAAUAUGAAGAGGAUGAAACGGAAGAGGAAGAAGAGGAAGCAGAAUUGGAAGAAGAGGAGGCAAAGCCUAAGGCAAACAAGUCACAAGCAAAGAAAGCUGAGGCUACUGCAGAUGCCAAAAUCACCGAUGAUACUGAGGAAGAGGAGACCAUCUUGGAGAAAAAGAAAAGAGUGAGAAAAGGCCCGCUUGUUCCCGAUACCGUUAUUGACACGGGCGUUUUCUUCACCAGUGGUCUGUCUGACAUCAACGCCAUCCUUGGCACAGAGGCCGAGUUAGUCUGCAAAUUAAGCAGUGAGGACUGUAAAGGAAUCUGGUUCAAAGAUGGCAAAGAGAUGAAAUCCACAGAUGAUGUCUCAAUUGUUGAAGACGGAAGCUAUCGCAAGCUUUUGUUUAAAAACUGUAAAGAAGAAGAUUCUGGAAAGUACCGCUUUGAAGCCGAUGGCCGUAAAACGGAGGCGAUGGUGAUCGUUGAAGAUCCCCCGAGAAUGAACAAGGAUGACCUCAGUGAGUUCUUAAAGCCGGCUAUCGUUAAAACCGGAAAGGAUGUGGCCUUUAGGAUGUCCUUUGUUGGCCGGGAGCCCAUGAAAAUCCAGUGGUAUAACGAAGGCGAAGAGCUGGUGGAGGACACGCGCACCAGAAUUGAAAAGUCCUCCACACACACUCGCCUACAGCUGCUCAAGUGCAAUCGAAAAACCUCGGGGGAAAUAAAGAUAAAGAUUAAAAAUGAAUUUGGAACUAAAGAGGCGGCCACUCAACUCGUUGUUCUCGACAAACCAACUCCGCCACUUGGCCCCGUAGACAUCAUCGAAAGUUCAGCACAAUGUAUCGAGUUCAAAUGGAGGCCUCCCAAAGACAAUGGAGGCUCCCUUAUAACAGAUUACAUCCUGGAACGCCAACAAAUCGGCCGAAACAGUUGGAAGAAACUGGGCAAAACGGGUCCCGAAGCCAAAUUCAGGGACUCGGAUGUGGAUCACGGAAGAAAAUACUGCUAUCACAUCAGUGCGAAGAACGAUCAAGGCAUCAGUGAUAUGAUGGAAACAGAUGACAUUCAAGCAGGAACCAAAGCAUACCCCGGACCUCCCACCGGUUUGAAAGUUGUAAGUGCUUUUAAAGACUGCAUCAACCUUACAUGGUCUGCCCCUUCAAACACUGGUGGGACCAAUAUUUUGGGAUACAAUGUUGAGAAAAGAAAGAACGGCAGCAACUUGUGGGGCCUUGUCAACGUACCAGAUGAGCUUGUCAAAGGAAAAAACUAUGCUGCGAAAGACGUAGUUGAAGGCAUCGAGUAUGAAUUCCGCGUGACAGCGAUCAAUAUUUCCGGCGCCGGAGAGCCAAGUGCACCUUCUGAGCUUGUUUUUGCACGGGAUCCAAAAAAGCCUCCUGGAAAAGUCAAAGACCUGAAAGUGACGGAUUCUACGUACAGCACCUUGUCUCUGAGCUGGACAAAACCAAAGGAAGAAGAAGGGGUCCAGGAUGAAGCCAAGGGAUAUUUUGUGGAGAUCAGACCUGCAGAAGACACAGAAUGGGGUCGCUGUAACUCUAGCGCCAUCAUUACGAACUCCUUCACCAUAAUGGGUCUAAAGUCAAUGGCCAUGUACUGGGUGAGGGUGUUAGCCACCAAUGAGGGUGGAGAUGGUGAACCUCAAGAGUUGGACAACUAUAUAACUGCAAUGCCUCCACCAGUGAAACCUCACUUUACUGACAGAAAAAUCAAAAACUUUGUUGUAACGAGAGCUGGCAACUGCACAAGGAUCAACUUUAACUUCCAGGCUUCUCCAUUACCGACGAUUACAUGGCUUAAGGAUGGUAUGCCUCUUCCCAAGCACGUCACAGUGAGCAAUACCGAUACAUCAUCGCAGUUAAUGAUCGCGUCAUCUGAGCAUCAAGACACUGGGAUCUACACUCUGAUCUUGAGGAACAUCGUUGGUCAGGAGGCAUGCACUAUUGAAAUAAGAGUCACAGAUGACCCCAGGCCUCCAGGUCCAGUGGAGUUAGAAGAGAACGUUUCUGCAACGGUGACCAUUUCUUGGACCGCAUCUCCAGAUGAAAAAAAAGAUGACAGGCUGCACUACAUGAUCACCAAGCGUGACUCUGUCAAGCGCACUUGGCAAACAGUGGCGGACCAUCUCUUCAACAACAAGUUCACUGUCAUUAAUAUCUUGCCAGGAAGACAGUACAAGUUCCGUGUCUAUGCCAAGAAUGACAUGGGAACAUCUAAACCCUCGGAGUCGCUAAAUUGGGAAGUGAAGAGAGAGAAAGGAACAUUUUCUUUGGAUCUGCCGGCCUCAAAGGACUGCAGUUUUGAGGCUGCUCCCGCCUUUUCUGUCCCGCUAAAAAUGCGCAACACUACAGAAAGCUACCAGUGCUACAUGAGCUGUGCUGUGACUGGAAACCCCAAGCCCACUGUAACUUGGUACAGGAAUAACAUCAGCAUCAAUGCCAACAGCAAUUACUACAUCACCAACACGUGUGGGGUCUGUUCCAUGGCCAUACUCAAAGUGGGGUCCAAGGACAGCGGGGAGUACAUGGUCGUUGCAGAAAAUGCUCUGGGCAGAGUAGAAUGUUCAACUAAACUUGCAGUCAAAGGUGAAAUGUAA